AUGCCACUUGUUCCGUGCCCUUUGCUUGUUAGCACACCACCGCAGCAGCCAGUAGCAAAUCCAAUCUCCUUCCACGCAUGCUACAGCACCUCCCCUAUGGGACCUUCGCAUGUGGCCAGAGGGCCUUCGCCCACUCGCCGAGCAUGGUCGCCUCCACCGCAGAUGAUGCCCAGAACCCUCUCACCACCUCCACUGCAAAGAGUGCAGGAAUCCACCAGGCUUUGCAGCCCUCCCAGGCUUGCGGCUCAGGCUCAAGCUCAGGCGGUCCACAUGCAACAGUUCUCCCCGCGGCCGCAUCCGCGUGCUCCCCAAUUGCUUCCGCGCUCUGCCCAACUCCCUGCGGCCAGCCUGGCCAGCAAGGCCAGCCUCCCCAGACCACAGACCCAGCGGAGCCCUGGCCCUCAAGCCCAAAGCCAGACCCAGACCCAGACACAGCGGAGGCCGAUCCCGCACCCAGCCGUCCAUGUUCCUCCUGCGACGGUCUUGGCUUCGCACGGUGCAAAGCCUGUCCCCAUAGGCGCACGCCCACCUGCCAGUUGGGUGCCGGCUUCCCCACGUGUCCCUGAUCCAUUCCAGAGACCUGCGUCCCCGCAUUUGGUCAACACGCAGCACUUGCCAGUCGAGUACAUCGCAUCUCCAGAGCAGAUGUACCGCAUGCUUGCUACACAAGGAAGCAUGGCACCUCCCAUGGUCUUGCAGCUUUCCGCGCGCUCCAGUCCAGAGCUCACGCCUCGGAAGCCCGCAGCCGAGAAGCUCAGCGCGAGCCCUCAGGAGGAGGAGCCCGCGGAUUCCUUGGCGAAGCAGCUGCGCGCCCUUCAAGCAGCAAAGGUUGAUGCUGCUGCCAAGCAGGUCAAAGGCGACCAGCUGAUAGCGCAACGUCAAGACCAGCUGAGAAAGGAGACCUUCUCGGCAUUGUCUGCAGACAACCUCGGUGAUCUUCUGAGGCGGUGGGGCCCGCCUCCAGAACAACCUGCCGAUUGGGAGACGCCACGAUCGCGUCACGAGACCCUGGCCGAAAGCCCCGUGCCGGUGGUGGAGGACUCGCCACGCGAGGCCAUGGAUGAGAGCCAGGAACAGAUGCUGGAGGAGCUUCCACAGGAGCCAUUGGCAGAAGUGGAGGAGCAGGAACCGCCCAGCGAGCCUGCACCCAGAAUUCCGGCGCAUGAACGGGCCAAGCAAGUUUCAAAGGCUUCCACAAGCAGUGCACGCACUGCAGAUGGGGAAGCUUGCAAAGAAUCGACCCAGAGCUUAAAUCGAAGCUCUCGAGGCCGGCGACCGUCAUCCCUGUCCUUACCGGCGGAGGAUGCCAAGCGCUGCGCAGCUGAGCUCGCAGUGAUGGCACGAAACGUGUCAGCCAAGGAAAUCCGCGAGCUUCGCAUGUUGAAGCGGCCUCCGGAGGCUGUGAUGAAGCUCUUGGAAGCCCUGAGAGUUGUCCUGGGCGAGAAGGACUUGAAGCCCGCAAACUUCCGGAAGCUGCUUUCAGAUUCCCUUGCGCAGCGCUUGGCUGCCGUGGAUGUCGCGUCCAUUGGCACUGCCCGAGGCGCCAAGCUUCGGUCGUUGCUGAGCUCCCCAGAUGUGAGUGCAGAAGCAGUUUCCAGGACUUGCCGACCCGGCGCUUCCCUUGCCGAGUGGUGCGGCUGCUUUGACCUCAGCCCAGACAAAACCAUCGAAGAGCCAGCCAGACUAGUGGCGGCGGCAUAA